AUGAGGCAGGAUUUAGAAGAUUCGAUAAGCUACUGUUUUGAUUUACAACAAAUCCAAUCCAAAUUGCGAAACAAGCCCACUAUUAUCGCAAAAGAAGAAUAUAUAGAAAUUUUUAAAGAACUGGGACAGUUGUAUUCAUUAGAACAAGACUGGGAACUCAAAGAUACCAAGGACUUAAAGAAGUUCUACAAAGAUCUAAAAAAUAAGCAAUAUGAAAAGGAUUUUCUUCAAAGUCAGCGAGGUUAA